AUGUCUUUUGGUCUACAUGUGCACUUGCAUCUGCAUCUCAUACUUAUCUCCAGCCCUGGCGCCUCCAGCCCUAGCGACAAGCAUCGAGAUCAUAAUGAUGGCCAGCCCUGGUGCAACCAGCCGAGACUAAUCUACCAAAAUCCCAACCCUUCUAUCCAACCCAAUGCCAAAGACAUUCAUCAUAGCUGUAACUGGCGACGUAAUGCUCGGCCGCCUAAUCGAUCAACUAAUGCCAGAGCACAACCAAAGCCCCACGACUCAUCAUCAGCCGAAAAAUUCAAAGACGCACACCCAGGCCUCAAACAAAAGACCUCUUCCUCACCAUGGCCCACAACCCUCCCCCUGCUCACCUCCGACGACUUAUCCCUCAUCAACCUUGAAACAACAGUAACAAAAUCACCCACCCCGUACCCAGACAAAAGAUUCAACUACCGCAUGCACCCAGCCAACAUCUCAAUCCUCCACGCCGCAAAAGUCUCCUACGCCAACCUAGCAAACAACCACGUCCUCGAUCUCGGCGAAGCAGGCUUCACAGAAAUUAUUGGAUCAACGCCCUAA